AUGCUGCAUACCCCCGUGGCGGAGCGAGCGCUCAAAAAGCAGGUGGAAUCCCCAACUACACCGCUUGGUCAGGGCAAUGCCGCUGCCCCAACACCUGGUGUUUCCACACCGGAAGUGACAACGUUAGCGCCAAAACCACGUCGGGUGUAUCCCAGUUCUCCCGGAGGUAUCAGCCUGCCGGACGACCCGGAGUGCAGUCAGGAAUUGCGAGAGGUUUUGCGUGGGGGGGAGGCCCACCGACGCAUGCUCGACCAUGGGAAGGACAUCCUGCAGUCGUCGUCCGGUGAAGUCCACGCUGAACACAACCGUCCACUUAGCUCAAUCAGCACCAGUGCUGGGCCAACCCCAAGUCCCGACGGCCGGACAAGUCCGAGUUUUGUUCCAGCUGUCGCGGUUGGUGCCCGUCGUAAUGUUUCAAGUAAAGCUCGAACGCCGCAAAACAGCAGCGAGAGCUUCGCACGAGAUUCCAAGGCGUUCCCAACACAAGUUCGGAAAGUCUUCGUAGGCGGCAUUCCUCAGGACAUGCAGCAAGAAGAUUUGCUCAAGCUGUUCAGCGAAAUCGCUCCAGUCAGGAAGGCGUGGGUACAGCGAUACAGGGAUGCUACUAAAGUGAAGUCUCCGACUUCGCACAACCAUCGUGGUGUGGCACUCGAUGGGGUGUCACGAGGGUCUUCAGUCUUUGUGUGA